AUGGCACCAGCAACAACCAACAACCACACCCACAGCAAGCCCCCAAAACCCAACUCCACAGUGACCACAACUACCAAAAAGCCCCUCGUCUGCUUCUCCUUCGCUGCCUACGCCAAGUCCCUCAUAAACCACCUCAAAUCUUCACCUCUCAACAUCCCAGUCGAGCAAGGCCUCACCGACCCAGAGCUCGCCUCCAUCGAAGCCACCUUCGACUUCGCCUUCCCGCCCGACCUCCGCGCCAUUCUCCAGGAAGGCCUCCCCGUGGGCCCCACCUUCCCCAACUGGCGUUCCUCCUCCCUCCAGCAGCUCCGCAUCCUCCUCAGCCUCCCGUCCUACAGCCUCCUCCGCCGAGUCUCUGGCGGAAGCUUCUGGUGCCAGUCGUGGGGCCCCAAGCCCCCUCCAGGCGAUCACGAUCAUGCUGACGUGGCCAAGCAGCUUCUGGAGAAAGCGCCGGUUCUCGUGCCGGUGCACCGGAACUGCUAUGUUCCGUCGAGGCCGGGCGUGGCGGGAAAUCCGGUUUUGUACGUUGACGCGGAGAACGUUACUGUUCUGAGUUGUGACGUCACCCGGUUUUUUUGUCAAGAGUUUGGGUUCGCACACGUGCCCUUGUGGGCCCCCAAGACGACUCGGUGGAUUGAUUUUUGGAGCGAGGUGGUGGCGCGUGGGGAGACGCGUGGGUGGUGGAGUGGGGAUGAGUGCUUGGGUGGGUGUUUGGAGGAGGUGUUUUGGAGGUUGAGGAAGGGCGGUUGGGAGGAGGAGGAGGUUAGGGAGAUGAUGAUGAUGGACGGCUGUGAUGGGAAGAUUGAGAAGAGCGGGCCCCACGUGAUGGGGGACAGCGAGAAUGAGACAAGUGUGAGGUGGCGCGUGAAGUUUCUGUCUGUGGUGUUGUUGCGUGGGGGUUGGACAAGGGAAGAUAUUGUUGGCUGUCUUGGUCUUGAGGACGAGUGCUUACGCGAUAACUCGCUAGUAGAUCCAUCAUCAUAUUAUAUUCACCUAUAG